GCCCCAGAUAGGCGUGGCCACUAUACACUAUAAAGGACUCUAACUCACUUCAACUAACUCACUACGACAUCAAGACUCACAGCAUCUACUGAAGAGCAGGACAAAAUCAUCAACACUAAGAUUUAAACAACACUGAAGUCAAUGUCUGCUUCCUUCAGAGGCUAUUAGAAGGAAGUGACUGAUUUCAUUACAAAAUGGCUUCUGGUUCAUCUUUCCAAGAGGGGGAUCUCUCCUGUCCUGUGUGCCGUGACGUCUUCAAGGAUCCCGUUCUCCUGUCGUGUGGCCACAGCUUAUGUAAAACCUGUCUGCAGGAAACCUGGAAACAAAGGGAAUCUCGGGAAUGUCCAGUCUGCAGGAGAAAAUGUUCCAAAGAUUGGUAUCCUCCUAACCUUUCUCUAAAGAGCCGGUGUGAGGCCUUCUCACAGUCACAUGUAGAGAGUCAGAAAUCAACAAGCAAGAUAAGCUCUGUGCUCUGCAGUCUGAAUGGAGAAACACUGGAGCUGGAGGAUAAACAGCCUGUCUGUUUGGUGUGGCAGGAUACAAGACAACAUAACCACAAACCACUAGAUGAGGCUGUACAGGAUCAUAAGGUGGAACUCCAGACAGCCCUGAAGCCUUUACAGGAGGAGCUGGAAGUCUUUAAUAAAGUUAAACUCACCUGUAAUCAAACAGCUUGGCAUAUUAAGAGCCAGUCCCAGGACACAGAGAGGCAGAUUAAGGAAGAGUUUCAGAAACUUCACCAGUUUCUACGAGAGGAGGAGGAGGCCAGUAUAGCGACACUGAGGGAAGAAGAGGAGCAGAAGAGUCAGAUGAUGAAGGAGAGGAUUAAAGAGAUGAACAGACAGAUAUCAUCACUUUCAGAUACAAUCAGAGCCAUAGAGGAGGAGAUGAGAGCUGAGGACAUCUCCUUGCCGGUGAACUACAAGGCCACAAUGAAAAGAGCCCAUUUCACACUGCCGGAUCCACAGCUGGUCUCAGGAGCGCUGAUAGAUGUGGCCAAACACCUAGGCAACCUACAAUUCAGAGUCUGGGAGAAGAUGCAGGGAAUUGUGAAAUAUAGUCCUGUGAUUCUGGACCCAAACACUGCUUACCGAUAUUUCAUCCUGUCUGAGGAUCUGACCAGUCUAAGAUUCUGUGCGAGUCAACAGCUUCCUGACAACCCAGAGAGGUUUGAUUACAAUGCAUUGGUCCUGGGCUCUGAUAGGAUGAAAUAUCGUGUCGCUAUACUGGCCUCCUCCUCCUCUCGUAGAAACUGGUGA